ACGUCAGAGGGCGCAGUCCUCCUACCUAUCCCUUUGACGGUUUGACCCUUAUCCCCUCCCUUCUCUGCUUCUCGCUCCGUUCAUCCUCCCUUCGCCGGCCAUCUCUCCGCCCCCCUCUUCCUCGGCCAGCUAGGCGUGUGGAUUCGAGAGCGGCAGCGCUGCGGCGGAGGUUCAAGCUUGAAUUCGCUCUCAUCCCUCCCCGCUCCCAGCUUCGUAAACCUGUCAAUGGCGCACUCGGUGCGGCGGCCAGCACCCGUCCGUGGACGGCGCCGGCGCGCGGCCUGCUAAGCAACCAUUUUUCUCCCCCCGCCCGCUCGGCCUUCUCUCUCUUCGAUCUUAGCACACGCCUCGUAAUGGGUCCGCCGGCCUACACCGCUUCCCUUUCUCCCGGCUCUACUCUCUUCUCCAACUCCCGAAUGCCGCCACCGCGUCUUCUCCGGCCGGGCUUGGGGGUGCCGGGGAGAGCGGACGUGGGGGUCUCGUCGGCCGCCGGCAGGUACGGCGGCGGCCGCCUCACCCCGCCGCAGGAGAAGCGCCGCCCCUCACCGCCGCAGGAGAAGCGCCGCCCCUCGGAGUCAUCCCAACUCACGGAACGGAAGCGGCAUUGGAAGGCGGGGGAGUUCCCGGGGGCCGCGGGCGGCAGGGACGGCGGCCCCUCCAUCCCGCCGCAGGAGAAGCGGCACUGGAAGGCGGGGGAGUUCCCGGCGGGGGCCGCUGCCGGCAGGGACGUCGGCCGCGCCGCCUCACCGCAGGAGAAGCGGCACUGGAAGGCGGGGGAGUUCCCGGGCACCGCCGCGCCCCCCGACUCGAAAGCGUCGAGGACGCCCCUGAAGAACGUCAAGAAGCGGCUGGACGCCCGCGCGGACGCCAAGGCGUGGGCGUGCACCGUCACCGAGGCCCUCGCCGACAGCAUCAACUCCAAGAACUGGCGAGAGGCGCUGCAGGUCUUCGAGAUGCUAAAGGAACAGCCUUUCUACCAUCCCAAGGAGGGCACCUACAUGAAGCUCAUCGUGCUGCUUGGCAGAUCGGGCCAGGCCGCCCAAGCGCACCAGCUAUUCGACGAGAUGCUGCAACAAGGAUGCCAACCCACCCCUGAGCUCUACACUGCCUUGAUUGGGGCCUACUGCCGCAGCGGCCUACUGGAUGAGUCGCUCCAGCUCCUCACCAACAUGAAGGCCUCCCCACUGUGCCAGCCUGACGUCUACACCUACAGCACCAUCAUCAAGGCCUGUGUCGAUGCCACCAGAUUUGACCUUGUUGAAGCUAUGUACAAAGACAUGGCUGAGCGCUCGAUAUCACCCAAUACGGUCACCCAGAACAUUGUCCUCAGCGGGUAUGGAAAGGCUGGACGAUUGGAUGACAUGGAAAGAGUGCUCUCUGACAUGCUCGACAGCACGACCUGCAAGCCGGAUGUCUGGACAAUGAACAUUAUCUUAAGCCUGUUUGGAAACAGGGGGCAGGUUGAAGCGAUGGAGAAAUGGUAUGAGAAAUUCCGAAGCUAUGGCAUCGAACCAGAAACUCGCACACUGAACAUUCUCAUUGGCGCCUAUGGGAAGAAGCGGAUGUAUGAUAAGAUGUCUGCAGUCAUGGAGUACAUGCGCAAGCUAGCAUUUCCAUGGACCACUGCCACAUACAACAAUGUGAUUGAGGCAUUUGCUGAGGUGGGUGAUGCCAAAAACAUGGAACACACAUUUAACCAGAUGCGCUCCGAGGGUAUGAAGCCAGAUACAAAGACCUUCUGUUGUCUAAUAAAUGGGUUUAGCAAAGCAGGCUUUUUCCAUAAGGUUGUGGGCAUGGUUAAGCUUGCUGAGAGACUUGGUGUGCCCACAGAUACAUCUUUCCACAAUGCUAUUCUUGGUGCAUGUGCAAAAGCAGAUGAUCUGAUGGAGAUGGAGAGGGUCUUCAUGCACAUGAAGCAUAAGCAGUGUGAUCCGGAUGCCAUGACAUACUCUAUCUUGGUGGAAGCUUAUCGGAAGGAAGGAAUGACCGACAAGAUUUAUGCUUUGCAUCAGGAGAACCCAACUUUGGUUCCAACUGAUCUUGUCAUGGUGUAACUGACUCGCUGACUGAAUAAUGGUUCAGACAUAUUUAAGCCUGGCUGAAUUGGUGGUAAACUUCCCUACUGUCCAAGUUUGGAGUUGAUAAUGUAACCAAGUAGAGUGGCAGCCAUUCUCCAACUCCAUUUUGUCUGUUGGCCUGCAGAGUUAGUGACGGUAUUUCUGUGACCUCUGGGGGCUUCACUGUAUCAAUUGAAAUGUGACGGUAAUGUGUGUAGCUCUGAAGUCAUACGGCUUGAAAGCUCCCCAGCAAGAUGUGGCAACUUGAGAUGCUUCGAGUUUACCACAGAAUUGAUAAAUGGUAACGAAAUUGUACGUCUCUCCAGUAUAUGGCUUCAAUAUUGCUGUUGACCCUUUUUUUGGCAAGAAUUAUACAUAAGUUUGGAAGAAUAAAGAAUUCUUAUUUUCUGAUAGUAAAA